AUGUCGUCGGAUCUGGCACAGACGCGAAGCGAUGCAUGGCGUUCCGUACUCAAGAAUCGUCUGCAAGAUCUACGACGCGUUCCCGAUGGGCCUCAUCUCCGGGACGCCGUCCUCGCCGAGCUCGACGCAGCCAAUAAAGUCAUCGCUGAGAUAAAAACUGCGUGUAACUCACGCGCGCCAGUCAUGAAGCUGCCCAACGAGUUGUUGGUGCAGAUCUUUUACAUUCUUCCAGACGAAUGGACGCCGUACAGCGAUUAUGACGGUUCUUACAGAAAGCAGCGGUUGGAACUUGGGUGGCUGAACGUCACCUUUGUAUGCAGUCGAUGGCGCUCUAUUGCGUUGAGUGCAGCCUCGCUAUGGACCGACAACGAUCUCUCUUUGGGCUCCACCUGGGCCAGACUCUUCUUCGUACGUGCGGAGUGCCUGCCGAUAUCGCUGAGCGGAGACGAAGUCGAUACUUUGGUGUCCUUGAGCGACGUAUUCGAAACGGCGCCACAUCCGGUAAUCAGGUCCCUAGGAGAUCUGUCCGUUGGCCAGUUAUUGAAGUCUGCUUUGCCCCCUCCACUACUAUUCGGCAAUCUCGAAAGCAUGCAGGUCGAAUAUGAUGAUGUGGCCGAUCACGGUGGAGAGUUCUGGGGACAUGUUUCAUCUGAUCUGCGGGACCUCAGUCUUGAUGGGGCUACGAAUGAGUCUCAUCUCCUCGAUCCUGAAGAGGCGGUUGCUGGACUUGCUCUGCUCCUUGCACGUUCCAACGUGUUGGAGAAGUUGACAAUAUACGGUACCUUCCUGUGGCCAUUGGUGCUUUCCGUUCCUACCGACCUCCCCGCGCUUUGCGUGCUCGCCAUUGCGGCAGCAUCUUCUGACUGCCUCCGGUUGUUGAGAGCCCUCGGCCAUCCGAACAACAUCCAAAGGCUGGCGAUUGAACUUGGCAGUUGGGAAAGCGCGGAUAUACACGGCAUCUUUGAGAUCAUACGGCACUCCUCGACUUCCUCUCCCUCUGAUCCUUUUACCAGCGUUGGAGUAGGCCGCGCGGACUUCUUCGUGACCCUCGCUGCAGCUCGUGACUCGGACUCGGAUACUGAUAUUGAAGACAUGUUCGAGAAUGACGAACCGCCUUUGCACUACGGGAUUAUGGAUGAUCUCAGUCUAUGUUUCUCGAUGGUGGACGAUCCCGAGGAUACCUACGAAUGUCUGUAUGCCGGUAUGCACUGCCUCGACUUUGCGCACGUUCGCACGUUGCGCUUGCACAACGUCUCGCCGGCUGUUGAGGAUGUUCUGCGACACUAUCGUGCGAUGGGUGCGGUUGAGGAGCUUCGCCUCGUUGGCGCGGGACUUUGUACGGUUCUGACUGCGCUUGGGGUGGGCAUACACCGCGCGCAGGGCGCACCCGGGGAUGCAUCUCCGGUCGAAUCCGUGAACUUGAAGUACACAUCGAACGUACUCUUCCCGCUUCUGCGGCACCUCGCUGUCAAAUACGUCGACUUCGAUGCGCAAGACCCAGGUGGAAGCGAUCCGCCUCGAAGCGUUGGAAAAGCCCUCGCGUACGCCUUGGCUUUACGAGCGGAGCGGGGGAUCGGUCUUGAGAGACUGUUCUUGACAUAUUGCGAGGUGGACGAAGAUGAUCUUGCGGACAUGUCGGCGACGGUCACGCCGACGUUGCAGGGGUCUGAUAUGUCGGAAGAAUGA